CCUCGCAGCUACAGCAGCAGCUAGCUCAAGCUCCUCGUUCGCUUUGUCGAAGAAGAAACCAAGCCCAGUCGAAAUGGCCUGCAAGACUCUCGCACUCCUCUGCCUCGCCGCCGGCAUCGCCUGCAUCCAGUCCGCGGCUGUGGUCCCCGUAGCCACGGCCCCGGUGCUCGCCAAGAUCGAGAACCUGGACGCGCCCGCCCAGUACAGCUUCGCCUACGACGUACAAGACUCCAUCACCGGUGACUCCAAGGCCCAGUACGAGACCCGCACCGGCGACGUCGUCCAGGGCAGCUACUCGCUCAUCGAGGCCGACGGCAGCCGACGCAUUGUCGACUACACCGCCGACCCCGUCAACGGCUUCAACGCCGUGGUCAACCGUGAGCCCGCCGUUGCCGCCGUGGCCCCGGUCGUCACCAAGACCGUCGUCGAGGCUCCAGUGGCGGCUCCCGUCAUCGCUGCCAGAACCGUCGCCGCUGCCCCGGUCGUGGCCAGAACCGUAGCUGCCGCUCCGGUCGCCGCUCCAGUUUUCGCCAGGACUGUCGCGGCUGCUCCAGUGAUCGCCAGAUCCGCCGUUGCCGCCCCAGUCGCUGCCCCAGUCGCCGGCCCAGUCUUCGCCAGAACCGUCGCCGCUGGACCCGUCGUCGCCGCCAGGGCCGUUGCCGCGGCUCCGGUCUACCAGGCGUACACUCUGCCCAGAGCCGUCGCCACGAGGGUGGGAGUCCCUCUGACCUACCCCGCUUACAUUUAAAUCUCUCGAGGCGAUCGAUCGGCUUUCUUUCGUAUACGUACUGACGGGUGAUUUGCAGUUCUCGAUGAACAUGCGUGUAGGAUAAGAUGGAUGUGCUUUAAUUCGUUUGAGAGCAUUGUACAUAUAGGCCAGACGAAGGUUUCUUUUUUUUGUUAAUAAAGUUGAUUGAUGUUUUACGAUU